CUGGCGGAUUCAAACUCCAUCCACAAGUGGUGGAGUGAUUUCGAAAUCACAGAUGCUGGUACAGAGGUGCCUUACAAAGUUAAUGCCAUUGAGCUGCGAGCGGUGAAUUUGAAGCAGCUUCGUGAAGAGGGAAGUGAGAUAAUGUUCAACUCUGAUGGCCAUAUAUCCACAUUUUAUCUUAUAUGGGCACCUGGUUCACUAGAGGAAAAGGUGCAAAACAUAGUCAAGGCAUGGGAAAUGGAGAUGUUCCACAAAGUGGAUUUUGAUGAUCUUAAGUCUGUGGACCCUAUCAAGUAUACGUUCAGCCUUUAUGGUACCGAUUAUCUUUUAUACUUAAUUACAAAAAAAAAAAAUCUAUAUAUAUGGUCUUGA